AACGACUCCCCAUCAUUCAAACAUUCACAAUCUUUGCAUCUCAUCAAAACAUCGAUACAGUAACUUUUAGACCUACACAAUUACGAUCGCUAGUUUUAUCAUCGCUACAAAUACAUUCAUUCAUUGCAGUUUCACGAAAGUUUAUUACCAUACCGUCGUUCCGCGAAUUCCUCGUACCGUAAUACCAUUCGAUUUCCAACCUCCUCAAAACAUCUCUAAUAACAUCAAACGACAACGAUAUAAGCUACGAUGGGUUUCGGGGACUUUUACUCGAUCUGCGAACAAGCAGCGCUUCCAUUAUGUGCAGAGGUGGGAGCGAUAAAAACGAUUGCUGGAAGUCAUGGUAUCGAGGCAAAUUGCUACUCGCGCAAUAUUGAGCUAGCCAACACAAUUAUAUUUCAAGGAGCCGCAAGCUUCGUGCAUAUCAUGGCGUUAAUCAUGACUGUUAUCAUGAUCUUGCACGUCAGGAGUAAAUUUACUGCUGUUGGUACGUCGGCCCGGAGUGCAUCUUGAGGUGAACAUCGAAUUGAGCGAGACUAACGCGACAUCUUACAGGCCGAAAAGAAAUCACAACCUUCUUCUAUAUAUAUAUGCUCCUCACAUUCAUUACGUUACUUCUCGAUGCUGGUGUUAUCCCACCUGGAACUGGUCCUUACCCGUAUUUUUCAGCCAUACAGAAUGGUCUCACGUCUGCGCUCACAGUCUGCUUAUUGAUUAAUGGAUUCGUUGGAUUUCAGUUAUACGAAGAUGGAACACGAAUCUCUGUUUGGCUUCUCCGCUCAAUUAGUCUCGCUAUGUUUGCUCUUACUUUCCUCGUUUCCCUCGCUACCUACAUGUCCUGGGCAGGACUUGGCCCUACUCGAACUGUUGGGCUUUUCGUUGUGCUAUACUUACUUUCCGCUAUUGAAUUGGCUAUUUACGGUAUCAUGCAAGUCAUUCUUGUAGUAAACACACUCCAGGACCGUUGGCCCUUGGGUGAACUCUCGUUUGCCCUUUUCUUCUUUGUUGCGGGCCAAGUUGUACUUUAUGCAUUCAGUACUAGCAUUUGCAACGCUAUCAGCCAUUAUUUGGAUGGAUUAUUUUUUGCUUCAAUUGCUAAUCUUUUAGCCGUCAUGAUGAUUUACAAGGUGAGCUUUAAGUAUAACUCACAAUCUACUCUAUUUAUUAACACCUCGAACAGUACUGGGAUUCUAUUACUAAAGAAGAUCUCGAGUUUUCUGUUGGCAUCAAGCAGAACAAUUGGGAAGUUAAGGACCUUCUCGAAGAUGAGCGAAGAAACACUGUCUACCAAGAUAUGGAUUACCAGCACAGUCCUGGCCAUCAACCUCGAAACUCGAAUUAUGGCGGCUUUAACUAUUAAAAAGUCAUGCUAUGAAAUGUGGAUGUGAUGAAAGACUAAACUUAAUGGAUGAGGAACAAAAGGGGAGAUACCACAGCUGAUGAGAAGAGACACGUCGGGUCUCUGUUCCAUUACAUUGCAUCAGGAGGGAAUCCUUGUAACAAAGCGGAGAUGUCUGGGAAUUUGAGCGGGCGUCUUAUUGGUUUGAGGGUUUGUAUGAGUUCAUGGGCGCCUUGUAAAUAGCAAGGACAGUUAUAAUCGUUUUCUUGGGCAAUGGAUAGGUAUGAUAGGUGAAAUGAGCGAGAGGUGGCGUUAUUUAUUUCGGGUCUGGGAAAGCGUAGUAUGGAAUUGAUGAGAGUGUAAUGAGUUUGUAGGGAGACGAGGAGGGAAUAAGAAGAAGAAGAAGAAGAAGAAGUUGGAUAUCCUUGAUUGUGAGUGGAAAGAAUUGGGGUGGGAGAGGGAGAAUGAAAGAAUGAAAGGAAAUGAAAUGAAAGACGAAGAAAUUGAUUGAAAAGAGUGAAGAUAUGAAGAGGUGAGUGACGAAAGAAUGAGAUAAUAACAUGCAGAGCGGAGUGUAAAGAACAAAGAAUAAUAAAAUAAUAAUA